GGGUAAUUCCCCUCCUUUAUCCGAAGAGGGAAUUCUCGACGUCAAAUCGCGAGGUCCGAUCCGUUCUCACGAUAACGCGGUCCCGGCCCAAGAAACCGGAGAAGAUGUCAAAUAUUUUCCGUGUGUGGUGCAUAACAAAACGCUUUUGGAUAUAAUGCAUAUCACUACGGCUGUGCUGCGUGAGGGCAAGGCUCCCCUCCCUCUGAGAGCUAUGCUAUUGGCCCACACCCUACGAGUACAUGUUCUACACAUGCUAUCAUAUAGUUUUGUAGCGACGGGUGAGUACAGUACGGGGCACUUGCACUAUGUAUGUGCGAGUGCUUUUCUGUUAAGAGAGUACCAUGGCCGCACAGGAUACAGUCUCAGCUGCCCAGUCCGCCCCCUUCCCUUGGCCGUCACGAGUGGAGAAGGGUUCAUGAUGGAUAGACUGCCGGUAUACGGUACGGCAACCGCACGGUACGGUACAGUAAUCGAGCAGCAAAGCAAUCCCAACGUUAUCAGGCAGGCCAUAAGUUAGUCACCAGCGCAUCGCAUGGUAAGCUUGGGAUAACCGCGGCACACCCUCAUCCAUUGGCAACACUCCAUCCUUUACGGUAUAUCACAUACUACUGUGCGGUACAUGUACUCUACUGGUACCGUAUCGCACCAUCUUUCCCUAUCGUGCCAUCCAAACUGGCUGUGUCUUUUACCCAUUUAACUCAUAGUACCAAGCUAUAAUCUAUGUUACCAUUCCCCAACCUUGCGAGGCUGACGACGUACUGUGCUGGACUUAGUAAUGUCUGCGAGGAAUCGGCGCAUUGAAAUUUUCAGCGCCCACAAGCAAACAGGCUUCGAGUCACCGAAAAAUGCGCCCCCCACUAUUUUAUAUUGCGCCCAUACCCCGCCAUGAUCUGAAAACUUCAUCACCCAUCAUCACCACCACCACCACCAUCACAUUUCCCUGUUUUUAUCAUUCACGUUCACAUCCAAACCCCAAAGACGUUACGCCAGUCCUUGCUCCGCCUUACAUUCCGCCCUCGAUCAAGUAGUUAUUACGCAGCGCGAAAUAAUGGGUGUAAGUCUCCUUCUCUCGGCCCUUAUGUGGAUGCACUCAUGCGCCCGAGUUGGAGCCGGACAGCCAAGCUGGUAAGUUCCCAUACAGGAUGUCCGCCUCCAACUCGGCCCGUGGGUACAUAAAAACUCGCCCCCCAUCCCUUCCUUCCUUUAUUCCAACAUUUCCACAUAAGCCCACACAAGCACCCCGCUAUCGGUCGGGAUCCUUUCAUCUACCAGACCUCCAUUAGCCCAAUUUCUUCUUCACUAGGAUCUCCCGGGAAUCAUGGCUUACGAUUACGGUUAUGAUUACAACCAGCUCGCGAGUAAAAUGGCAGCCUCCCAAACACAAGGUGCCCCACCUCCCGGUGGUGCCCCUACAUACCAACAAUCGUAUGGCCAACCGGGACAACAAGCGGGACAAUAUCCCGGAUAUCCCCAAGCCGGUGCCCCUCCUCAAGGCCCAGCCUAUGCUCAACCACAAUAUCAGGCUUAUGUAACCACCCUCUUGUAUCUGCUUCUCUCUCAUUCUCCUGCUUACUGCUUCCACCACUUCAGCAGCAAGGAUACCCACCCCAAGGCCAGCCACCGCAUGGACAACCCCCCUAUGGUCAGGCUUCUUACGGCGGUGCUCCUCCAUAUGGACAAGGUCCAGCGCCAGGUUACGGAGCUCCACCUCCAGGCCCUCCUCCGGAUGCCAAUAUUCUUUUGAGCAUUCUCAGAGAAGCAGUAAAGGAAAAGGGCAUCGAGCACAUGUACCCGGAAAACAGGCUUGCCGGCAUUGCAAAUGACAUGGCCAAGAAGGACCCCGUCAAUACCUUAUGUAACCAUUGGAAAUUGCCAAAGGAGGUUGGGUUUGACUUUGUCAAGCUUGCCUUGUUCGAUGUCAUCUUUUUGCUGGAUGACAGUGGUUCUAUGCGCUUUGGCGAGGGUCUCAUUGACGAGCUAAAGUUUAUUCUCUCCAACGUCGCUUUUGCUACUGGGCUUUUUGACCAGGAUGGAUUUUCCGUGCGAUUCAUGAACUCCAACGUGCAAGGGGACAAUAUCAAGACCGAACAGCAAGCAGCUGCUCUCGUGGACCAAGUGAGAUUUGAGGACGUAACACCAUUGGCUACCUCAUUGAAGAACAAAAUCCUGGACCCAUUCAUCUAUAGGCCUGAGCAACAGGGUAGUCUAAGAAAACCUGUCCUCGUUAUCAUUAUCACUGAUGGCAGGGUAAAUACCGCCACCGAGGAACUGACUGAGUACGGGAUCACGGCUAACGUUGUGGCAGCCCACCGAUAAUGUCCACGGAGAAUUUCAGCAACACAUCCAGUCGAUUUCUUCCCAUUUCCGCGGAAAAGGGGGUGAGAAAAUGCCCCCCCCCCCCCCCCCCCCCCGCCCUUCCUCAUCCUCCCACCCUUAGGUUAGCUAACAGCCAUCCCUUGUCAAGUUGUAUCGUUCCAAAUUGCCCAAGUUGGGAACGACAAAGGAGCCCAACAGUUCCUCUCAGAAUUAGAUAAUGAUAAGAUCAUUGGAGGGCUUAUCGAUUGCACGUCCAGUCAGUAAAUAAAUUGCAGUCCUUCAGGAUACAAUUACUAAUAACGAUAGACUUCGAGCUUGAAUCCAUGGAAUUUAGGAAGAAAGGUAUCGAGCUGACAAAACACCUCUGGUACACUAAGUUGCUCCUCGGGAGUAUCGAUCGCAGUGUAAGUGUUUCACUCGUGGGGGGGGGGGGGGGGGGGCAUUGUGUUGACUUGUGAGCUAGUACGACAGCAAAGACGAAGAUAAGAAAGCAGCCAACCCCCCGGGUGUACCCGGAUCAGCGGGUUAUCCAGCUGCCGGAGGUGCCCAGCCAUACGGCCAACCCCCAGGAGCAUAUGGCCAGUCUCAAGGAGGAAAGCCAGGACAGUAUCCGCCGCAACAGCCCUAUGGUGCACCUCCUCCACAGCAGUACGGAGGAGGCUAUCAAGGGCCGCAAUCUGGUUAUGGCCAGGCACCAUAUGGUCAGCAGCCUGGCUAUCCACCCCAGGGCCCACAAGGAUAUCAAUCCCAAGGCGGAUACGGAGGACAAGCGCCACCAGCACAAUACAACCCGAAUGCCGCAUACGGAGCCCCUCAUAAGAAAUGAGGGAAUGCGCUUCCCCAGGCGUCUGGCUAGUCUUUUUUUUUUUUUAGUCUUUUUAACGUCUCCUAUUUCCUGUUUUCGGUUUUCGGUUUUCAGUUUUCAGUUCCUUGAAACAAAAAAUUAGGGUUGAGAACUAUAACAGCCAAGGUAUUGUGCCAUAGGUGCUCUAGGGAUGAGAUGUGUUAUUUUGCUAGUCUAGCUAUUGCUGUGCUUAGCCAUUUGAUUCUAUUUGACUAAUUUACUAAGGGCCUCUAAGCUACUGGGGUUUACUUCCUGUGGUC